UGUCCCACUCAUUUCCGCAAACUUUUACACCCAACACAUCUAGCUAGAGAGAUAGAGACCUAGAGAGACAUCACAGAGAAAGAGAUGGCCCAAAUAAUGUGUCUCCUUUGGUGGCCAAAGAACACUGCCACCACAAAAAGUGGCGGUGCUUCAGCUGGCAGCACCACUGCCUCCACCAACAGUAUGAGUACCACCGCCGUGUCAAGCACUUGCCUAGCAACCGAUGUCUCGCCGUCGCAUUGUUGUUGUCUAACCAAACUGGUGAGGAAACUAAAGAAACAUAGCCGAGGCCUGCGCGCCACGACUAGUCGACACAGUUCAUUCCAGUGCCGAUACGAUCCAUUGAGCUAUUCUCUCAACUUUGAUACCACUGGAAGUGGAGGCUUGUUGGAUGAAGAUUACCAUCAGUUCUGCUCCUUCUCUUCUAGGUUUGUGGCCAACCCAAGAAACCCUUCUCCAAGACUAGUACUGGCCACUGCUUCUCACUAGAAACUGACCCUAAAAAACAAAGCAAACUUGUUUUGCUUUUCGAUCUCUCGUUUGGUAGAUUUGUUUUUUUACCUUGUCUUUUUAGGUGUAUCGAUCAAAUGGAUAAUAUAUAUAUAUACACAUUCACAUAUAAUGACAUGUAUAAGUCUUUUACUUCUUAAUCCUUCUUUAUUUUUGCUCA